CACGCGCCCCGGACCCCAACAACCCCAAGGCUUCUCCCUAGGAGGGCCCACGCGCGCGACCCAAACCUCCGCCGCCGCCUCCUCAUCUGACCAUUCCAACACAGCCGGCCAUUACCCCGUCAACGUGCCGCUCCCAAGUCCAAACAGACCACCGAUAGCAGCGAGUUUUGGAGAGAUAAAGCCAGGGAGAGACGGAGAGAGGAGAGGCGGCGAUCGGAACGACGCGGCGCCUCUUCCUCCUCCCUCGCUCGCUCGGAUUCCCUCUCUCUAAUCCCGCAAAGGACACAAACAAGGAAAAAAGGGGGGGAAAAAGAAAAAAAGAGCAACCUCAAGAAAAAAAAGGAAGAUUUUUCAGGGCUAGGGUAAGGGUUUUGAUCCGAUGGCGGCCGUGAGCGGUUGCGCGGCCCCCUUCGCAGGGCCAAAGGCGGCGUCUUUCCUUCCCCGGAAGAGCCCGAAUGCUCCGUCUUCUGCGGCUUACUCUGGUUUCCGGAUCGGCCCGAGAGCUCCGGUCUAUGUCGGGACUCGGAGGGGGGCGCUUCGGAGGAGCCCCCGGUGCGAGGCCGGGGCGGAUCUGGUGGAAGAGAGGACGGCGUCGCGGGCGUCAAGCGUCUCGGUUCUCGAGCAAUUCAAGAUCUCCGCGGACCGAUAUAUGAAGGAGAGGAGCAGCAUAGCUGUUAUAGGUCUUAGUGUUCAUACGGCUCCAGUAGAAAUGCGUGAAAAGCUUGCAGUUCCAGAGGCUCAAUGGCCUCGUGCUAUUGAAGAGCUCUGCAGUUUGAAUCAUAUAGAAGAAGCUGCUGUCCUCAGUACCUGCAACAGAAUGGAAAUAUAUGUGGUGGCUUUGUCUUGGCAUCGAGGAAUCAGAGAAGUGACAGAGUGGAUGGCUAAGACUAGUGGAGUUCCUGUUUCAGAGCUCCGACAGCAUCUGUUUAUGCUUCGUGACAGUGAUGCUACUCGGCAUUUGUUUGAAGUAUCGGCAGGGCUUGACUCUCUUGUCCUGGGAGAAGGACAGAUCCUUGCACAAGUUAAACAAGUUGUUAGAGUUGGGCAAGGCAGCAGAGGAUUGGGGAAGAACAUUGACAGGAUGUUCAAGGAUGCAAUCACUGCUGGAAAGCGGGUUCGCAGUGAGACGAACAUAUCAUCUGGUGCAGUUUCUGUUAGCUCAGCUGCAGUUGAAUUAGCGCUGAUGAAGCUUCCAAAGUCCCACCUGCCAUCUGCCAGAAUGCUGGUGAUUGGAGCUGGCAAGAUGGGGAAACUUGUGAUCAAACAUCUUGCUGCAAAAGGAUGCAAAAGAAUCAUGGUUGUAAACCGGUCGGUGGAAAAGGUAGAUGCUAUACGCGAGGAAAUGAAAGGUGUUGAAAUAAUCUACAAACCUUUCACUGACAUGCUAUCUUCAGCUGCUGAAGCUGAUGUGGUGUUCACGAGCACAGCAUCUGAGGCACCAUUAUUUCUGAAAGAACAUGUGGAAGCUCUUCCUCCUGUGAGCAAUGCUAUUGGGGGUGUAAGGUUUUUCAUUGACAUUUCUGUUCCUAGGAACAUAGGGUCCUGUGUUUCAGAUCUUGAAUGUGCACGAGUGUACAAUGUUGAUGACCUCAAGGAAGUUGUGGAAGCCAAUAAGGAAGAUCGACUAAGGAAAGCAAUGGAAGCUAAAGCAAUCAUCACUCAAGAAUUGAAGCGGUUUGAGGCAUGGAGGGACUCUCUGGAGACUGUCCCUACUAUCAAGAAAUUAAGGUCCUAUGCUGAUAGAAUUAAGGCUUCAGAGCUUGAGAAAUGUUUACAAAAGAUUGGUGAUGAUGUGCUGACAAAGAAAAUGAGAAAGGCUAUAGAAGAGCUUAGCAGCGGCAUAGUCAACAAGCUUCUUCAUGGCCCAUUGCAGCACUUGAGAUGUGAUGGCAGUGACAGUAGAACACUUGAUGAGACCCUUGAAAAUAUGCAUGCACUCAAUCGGAUGUUCAGUCUAGACACCGAGAAAGCAAUCUUGGAGCAAAAGAUUAAAGCCAAGGUGGAGAAAACUCAGAGUUAAGCUUAUAGAAGUAUUUAAUAAUCUACAGCUACAUUGUCAGGUCUUUCAUACGUAUGUAUUCAUCUUCACUCUUUUGGUCUGCUUGUCUGCACAUUCUAGUUCCCUGAUCCUCCAUUUUUCAAUAGGAGAACCUCCUCAGCCUCUCAUUGACUUCAGCAACUAUAUCGAGAAAUGGUGACCCCCAUAUGGUAUUUUCUUACAGAGAGAUGGUUAAAGGCUUCCUCAGCUCUCUAUAGGUUUCAUUUGCAGCUGGUGCUAUAUGAUGGUCUUCAAAAUUUAUAGGAACUGGUCGGUGACAGAUGAAUUUAAUCUGCUAAUGGGACGUGUCUCAAGGUCCACAGCCAUAUGUUGAUGCAUCAAUUUUUGUAUUCAAUCUAUUUAGCAUUUCCUUCUGAAAAUAUUUUCUGAUUCAUGCUUCAUGAUGUGGGGUUGGAUUUAUGCAAUGAUUUAUCCAAUGUUGUUAUGAUUCAGACAGAAAUUUGGCAUGGUUUAAACAUUUUUUUUUGGUGAA